AUGUCCCGCCCCGCCAUCCUCACCCGCACACACUCCCUCCUCAACGCCUUCAGCUCCCCCUCAACCCCCCUCCCAGCUCUCCUCUCAAACUUCACCCCCAAUGACCCAUGGGCCCUCGAACACGGCCUCCCCAGACUCGCGCCCUUCCUCGGCCGGAAAUACACCGGCCUCGAGGGCCUAAAGGAAUACUUUACGUUGUUGGCGGAGACGUUGGAGAUUGAGUGGAUGCGAUUUGAGGGGGAGGGGGCGUGGGUUGUUGAUCUUGGUGAACAUCAACAAGGUCAUGGGGAUAAGGAAGGGGAAGGGGAAGGGGAGAGGAAAGUGUCAUUGCGCGGAGAGGCGCGGUUUAAAUGGAAGAGUACGGGGCAGGCGUGGGAAGAGACGUUUGCGUAUCGGAUUGGGUUCGUUGAUGAUGAGGAACGUGGUGGUGAUGAUGUGAAGGUCAAGUCGUAUGAGGUUUGGGCGGAUACGGGGGCUGCUUAUUUGGCGAGGGUUGGGGGUUUGGAUCGGUUGAGUUAG